AUGUCGUACGAAAUGAGCGGCCAGCAUACGACAUACCCAUACCCUCCACCCGCUGCCACGGUUACCGUUACACCCAAGCGCAGCCGCUUCUCAAAAUGGUGGCCCCUCUCCUUCUUCCUCGCCGCCGUCCUCUUCUUCAUCAUCGGCGGCGCCCUGUUGGGCACCUGGGCCGCCAGCACUGCUUCCGACUGCUAUGACACGUACUAUUCGGGUUCCAGCUACAAGUCAUCCUACAACAAGUCGUGCUCGGCGGCCGCUGACGGCAAGUUCUGGGGCGGCGUCGCCUGCGUCGUCCUCGGCGGCAUCUGCAAGCUGAUCUUCUGGAUCCUCCUCAUCGUCUGGUGCGUCAAGCGCAGCAGCAGCCACGCCGUCACCACCGCCUACGCCUACCAGCCCGUGAACUACGCGGCCGCGCCCCCGCCGACCGCUCCCGCCGCCCCUGCGCCACUCUACCAGAAUGCUCCGCAAUACCAGAACCAGCCCUACAACGCGCAUCCCUAUCAGAACGCGCCGCCCUACCAGAGCUCCCCGUCACCGGCCCCUUACUCCAAAGAAGGACCCGGAGUGACGCACACGGGAUACUAA